CGGCCGAAGAAGAAUUGGGAAUAAAGAUGGCUGCAGUUACAACGUUGAGAGGUUCAUUCACUCUUAUGAGACGAUUGCUUGUUGCACACCACUAUAAACGCUGUUCCAGGGUCCAGGCGGUUCGCCCAGAAUACACGCUGCACCACUCAACUCACAGCAUCAACCAGCAGUAUAGGUUUUUUAGAACAAGCUAUGUCAAAACAGGACCAAUUUUACAAUUCAAACUGUCAGACAUCGGGGAGGGAAUCAUGGAGGUGACAGUGAAAGAGUGGUAUGUGAAGGAGGGUGACAAGGUGUCCCAGUUUGACAGCAUCUGUGAGGUACAGAGUGACAAGGCUUCAGUCACCAUCACCAGCCGCUAUGAUGGUAUAAUCCGUAAGCUCUACUAUGAUGUUGACUCCAUUGCACUGGUGGGCACCCCCCUUGUCGACAUUGAAACUGAUGCAGGCCAAGAGGUAGCCCCAGAAGAGGAUGUAGUGGAGACACCAGCAAUGGCACAAGAUGAACACACCCACCAACAAAUCAAAGGACACAAGACCCAGGCCACACCAGCGGUCCGACGCCUAGCCAUGGAGAAUAAUAUUAAACUGAGCGAGGUGGUGGGGACGGGGAAGGACGGGCGCAUCCUGAAGGAGGACAUCCUCAACUACCUGGCCAAACAGACGGGGGCCAUCCUGCCCCCCUCCCCGUUCCAGGAGAUUCAGCCGCCCCCUCCCGCUGCAGCAGCGGCUCCCCCUCCCGCCAAGCCUAAAGACAAGGUGCCCCCACCAAGUGCCCCCCGACCAGUGGCCCCGAGACCGGUGUUCACUGGCAAGGACCAUACUGAGCCUCUCAAAGGUUUCCACAAAGCCAUGGUGAAAACCAUGAGCGCGGCCUUGAAGAUCCCGCACUUUGGCUACUGCGACGAGGUGGACCUGACGCAGCUGGUGCGCCUGCGCUCCGAGCUGAAGGACCUGGCGGAGUCGCGUGGUGUCAAACUCAGCUACAUGCCUUUCUUCAUUAAGGCGGCGUCCCUGGGGCUGCUGCACUUCCCGAUCCUCAAUGCCUCUGUGGAUGAGGGCUGCCAGAACAUCACCUACAAGGCAGCACACAACAUCGGCCUGGCCAUGGACACGACGCAGGGCCUGCUUGUGCCCAACGUGAAGAACGUGCAGGUGCUGAGCAUCUUCGACAUCGCCAUGGAGCUGAACCGUUUGCAGGCCCUGGGCGCCACGGGGCAGCUGGGCACUGCCGACCUCACGGGGGGAACCUUCACCCUCUCCAACAUUGGCUCGAUUGGAGGAACAUAUGCAAAGCCAGUGAUCCUUCCCCCAGAGGUGGCAAUUGGAGCCCUGGGAAAAGUCCAGGUACUGCCCAGGUUUAACUCCAGCGGUGAUGUGGUGAAAGCUCAUAUAAUGAAUGUCAGCUGGUCGGCAGAUCACCGGAUCAUCGACGGAGCUACCAUGUGCCGCUUCUCCAACAUGUGGAAGGCUUACCUGGAGAACCCCGCCUCCAUGGUCCUGGACCUCAAAUGAGCACAGAGCACUUCUGAAACCCCCCCCCCGGAUGUGAAACUUCAGAGACCGUGAUUAUGUAACAGUGUAAAAUGACUUUCUGGAUUCUUGUAUCUGGUGACUUACUGUUCUACUUUAUCCUUCCCCUUGCUGUUGACAUGGAUCGGUCACACAUUGCAAGGACACAGCAGUAUAGGAUUUACAGUCACGUGACACAAAUAGCAGCAGGUGUGUUUCAUUUUUUCCCCCCCUCUGUGCUCAGUUUGAGUUCCCUUCUCCUUUGUCUUUGCCUUACUUACUGACACAGAAUGGUUGCGAAAAGCUAAACUUUGAAGAACAAUUGGAUGUGGAAAAGGCACAUAACCACAAUAGGGAGCUGAAAUCUGGAAGACAGGAGUUGCUACUUGAUGAAUGCACAUAACACUAGGAGGUAGCAUCUGAACAAUACAAGGUUUCGCGGUCCCAAGGGUUGGAUCAUGGAUGGAGGGCACGACUUCGCACUGAAUGCGGUUGAAAAGCUAUGGCAACAAGGGAUGUCAACGGUCACUUUACAGAAGCUUAUGUAACAACUCUGGUUGUUUGAUUUCUAGUUUCCUUUUGAUCAAUUUGUCUUCUAAGGUGCUGCUUUUGUAGAGUGCUGUUCUUCUGUAGAGCCCAUUGUUUUCCAUGAUGUCUGGAUAUGCCAUUAACAUUUUUAAAGGAAAGAAAGUUCAUGAUGGAACACUUAACUAGGUCAUUUGGGAUAGUGGGGAAAUUAGUAUGUAUUACUGGUGUGUAGGGGACUCUGUUUUCAGAGACCGUGACAUUGGUUUCCAGUCCUCAUAUCCUACAGCCACUGGUCAGAUUUUCUGGUGUGGAA